UUCAUCUCCUAAGCCUGGACCAUUCAUUUGAGACUUUGCUGCUUGGAGAGCGCUUUCACCCAGAAUUCAACUUCAUCUUUAACAAAUUACCUUUUGGAUUUGGAGUAUGCUCGUGAGGCUCAACACUUUUAAAAAAUAUUCUAUGGAAAAACAAGGAAAGCUGUUUAUAGCUGGGGCAAAGUUCAGUCAGAGAGACGCCUUUAGAGAAUCCUGAUCUCUGAUUGCUACAAUAAAGAUUCCAAAGGAUCUCCUAGCCCUGUCCAAACAAAACAAGCCUUUUGAUUUCUUGCAUUGAUCUUUAAAGAGUUUUGGAAAAUGGUUGGAUUUGGACCAGCAGACGUGCCUCCAUCUGCAGCUGUGAAGUUUGUGGGUGCAGGAACUGCAGCCUGCAUAGCCGAUCUGCUCACGUUCCCUCUGGACACGGCCAAAGUGCGGCUGCAGAUCCAAGGAGAAGCCAGAGGUCCGGCAGCGACAGGAAGAAGCCCUGCAGUGAAGUACCGCGGCGUCUUCGGCACCAUCUCCACCAUGGUGCGCACAGAGGGACCCCGGAGUCUGUACAGCGGGCUGGUGGCAGGACUCCAGAGGCAGAUGAGCUUUGCUUCUGUCCGCAUUGGUCUCUACGACUCUGUGAAGCAGUUCUACACUAAAGGCUCCGACCACGCUGGCAUCGGCAGCCGGCUGCUCGCUGGAGGAACCACUGGGGCCAUGGCCGUCGCUGUUGCUCAGCCCACGGAUGUGGUGAAAGUCCGUUUCCAGGCACAGACCAGAUCUCCCGGCCUCUCCAGACGCUACUGCAGCACCAUUGAUGCUUACAAGACCAUUGCGAAGGAAGAAGGUGUCCGAGGACUCUGGAAAGGUACAGCUCCAAACAUCACACGCAACGCCAUCGUCAACUGCACAGAGCUGGUGACGUACGACUUUAUUAAGGACAUGCUGAUCAUGUCCACUCCUCUAACAGACAACCUGCCUUGCCACUUCGUAUCGGCUUUCGGCGCAGGGCUAUGCACAACCAUAAUCGCCUCUCCUGUCGACGUCGUCAAGACGAGAUACAUGAACUCUGCCAGCGGACAGUACGGCAGCGUCCUGAACUGUGCCGCUGCCAUGAUGGCCAAAGAGGGUCCGCGGGCCUUUUAUAAGGGAUUCAUGCCUUCUUUUCUGCGCCUGGGCUCCUGGAACGUUGUGAUGUUUGUAACAUAUGAGCAGCUCAAACGAGCCAUGAUGGCAGCGACUCACACUUACACAACAUCAGCGUAGUUAGUCCUUACUGUCGCUCACAAGGAUAUGCAACUUACUUUUUCUUGCCUUCUGAUGUAUAUUUAAAUUCAAGGCAUUACGGUUUGUGUCAGUGUCUGUCUUUCGCUCUCAUGGUAGAGUUGCAGGCGUCAGAGAUCAGAUUGAGAUUUAUUUUUAUAAUGUGAUCAUUACUUGAAUGACAACGCUUCCUUGAUCAGUUGUUUCUUCUCAGCGGAGAGCUUCUCUGGAAACUGGACGUCAAAAGAAAUGAUGAGGUUUCCUCUCUGGGAAGGAUCUUCGAACAGCGGCAUUCCCUCUCCAGUCAGCACUUUUUCAUAUGUGGGGCUGAUAAGAUUAAAAAAAAAAAAAAAAAAAAAAAAAAAAAA